AUUACCGGGUAAAUUCGUUAUAAACAUUUUUGUAUCUUCAUCUGAAGAUAUAUCUUUUAUCAAUUUAGGUUUAACCAAUAGGUAAACAAUAAAUGGCAAAUAAUAAUAUAAGAUAUCCGUUACAUUUAUAUUCCAAAGAAUAUAAAUUUUUUGCAUUUCGUAAAUUGAACAAGAAAAUGAAGCAGUCCUUGAUCUCCAUAAGAAACGAUUUUAAAAGAAAUUCUGCAACUAUUAAGUCCAAAGACAACAUCAAAUCUGUUGUUCGUGAAAUUAUUCCAAUGCAUUUCUUUGGUUGUAGAAAAAAUAAGAAAUUAUUCGUUCAGAUUGUAGACAGAAUUUUGAAUCAUAGGCUGAGGGAAUUUGUACAUAUUUCCUUACUAUGUAAAGACUUUGAAAGAAAAUUUGAGUGGUCUGAUAACAUUGAAAAAGAAGACGAUUUUCUUGAAAUUUUAAGAGAUGUUAAUUUGUACUUAUUAGAGAAAUGUAUCAAACCUUUUAUUAAGAGACAUUUCUUCCCAGUGUUUAAUGGCAAAUCUUAUAGAACUGAUUUGGUUCUCAAAUGUGAAUGGCAAUGCUUCCAAAAUAAGGUUUUCGAUGAAUUGGUUUCAAAGAAACAUGUUAAAUUAAAAGAUAAAUAUGCCGAUGAAUUACCUAGAGGAGCUCUUAGAAUAUUACCGAAAGAAAAUUGUGAUAGUUUAAGCUAUCGGCCGAUUAUAUGUUAUUUCCGAAAAAAUGAAUCCGUUGAAAGUUUCCAAUACAUAAAACAAAUAAAGAACAAGCUAAAACUAUACCUUAAAGAAAAGAGAGUGAAUCCAAGUCUCCAUAAAUCUUGGGCAGAAUUUGUUGAAAAAUCUGGUUUCCAAAUGAUUUAUGGGAUAAAAGUUGAUGUUAAAGAUUCAUUUGGUAGUAUUAAUAUAAAUAAAUUGUGCUGGCUGAUUGAAGCAAUACCAAGGAGGGUUCUAACAGAUGAAGAUAAGAAUAAUAUAAUAAAUAGAGUUAAAAAGCAGUAUAUAUCUUUUAAAAGACAUAAUGCUAAAAGAAGAAUUAUACUAAGAUGGUGUCAUGGUUUAUUACAAGGCGAUAGACUUUCUUCACUUUUAUGUGACCUUUACUAUCUUUUUCUUAUUGAUCAAAAUCUUCUGAAAAACUGUAUGAUUGGGACCUUUUUCUUCCAUCGUUUCGUUGAUGACUACAUAUUCUGUUCAACAAAGAGAGAAAAUGUUGAAAACUUUGUUUCAAUUCUGACCCAAUCUCAUGUUUUGAACGAAGAUAAAAUAUUUUCCAAUUUAUUCAAUAGUAUGAAUGUAGAGCUGCCCUACUGUGGCUAUACAUUUAAUUUAUGUACUAAAGAAGUUAGUAUAGGAUUUAGUAAAAAAAAAUUAAUUUUGAGAGAUAAAUUAAAGUUAUGGAAUGAUAAUCUUUACAGUUCUCCAGGAACAUACUUGACAAAUGUUAUGAAAUUUAGCUCUGCCAGUUUUUACUUCAGCAAAGUUAUUUUUAGCACUCACUAUAAUAAUGAAGAAACAAUUUUGAAAAUAUAUUUUCAAAGCAUGAUUUAUUUAGCUAUGAAAUUUCAUUGUGCUUUUAUGGAGUUAAAAAAUUAUCAUAAAGAAUUUUGCUCCAAUCAGUCUAAUCUAAGUGAUAGAAUAAUAAGAAUCAUUAAAAAGUAUUCAGAAAAAACAAUGCUAAUCAUAAAGAAUUCUAAAGGAAGCUUAUUCCAUGGCGAUAUCAAUAUUGAAAUUUUGCUAGCUAUUGGUGUACGAGGAUUUAUAUUGAUGUUUCAAAAUUAUUCUGGAAUUUACAAGGGAAUAGUGAGGUUAUUGAAAAAGAAAAUAUUUAUGAAGAUAACGUUUUUUGGAGAUCUGAAUAUUUCGUUUUUUAGUAAAAUACCUUCAAACAUGAUAAUCUAGUCGUCUAGUUGUAAUUAAGUUGCAGAUAUCAAGGAUUUAUAUGGAAAAAAAUCAUGUUGAUUGUAUCUUUCAUUUUAUCAAAGAUUGUGAUAAAUGUUUAUUGUUAUUGUUUCUAUUUUUCACUUUUUUUUUUUUUUGGAUUGUAUAUCUAUAUUUUACUUUUCUUUAACUCAUUUUUCAAUAAAAACGUUUUUAUGUGUAUCUAAUUUUAUUAUACGUUUAUAGGGAAUAAUAAAAUACAUAUUUUGUGUAUAUAAAUAACGCACCAAUUACGGGUAAUAGCACCUGUGGGCUAUUAUUAUUAU